CUUGAAGGACGGGGCGGCUCCGCCAAUCAGCGUGCGGGGUCGGGGGGGCGCCGCUUUCCCUGCAGCCAAUAGGAACGGGGAAUUGGGCGCGUUGCUCCCGCCCCCUCCUCCCGCUGGGCCAAUAGGAGGCGCGGACGGGCGGCGGGGGCAGGAGGCGCGGCUGAGGGGAAAGAUGGCGGAGGAGGAGAAGCUGCCGCCGGGCUGGGAGAAGCGGAUGAGCCGCAGCUCCGGCCGCGUUUAUUACUUCAACCACAUCACCAACGCCAGUCAGUGGGAGCGACCGAGCGGCGGCAGGAACGGCCCCGGCGAGCCCAGCCGCGUUCGCUGCUCCCACCUGCUGGUCAAACACAACCAGUCCCGCAGACCCUCGUCCUGGAGGCAGGAGAAGAUCACCAGGACCAAAGACGAGGCUCUGGAGCUUAUAAAUGGCUACAUCCAGAAGAUCAAAUCAGGAGAGGAGGAAUUUGAGUCUCUGGCUUCCCAGUUCAGCGACUGCAGCUCUGCCAAAGCAGGAGGGGACCUGGGAGUGUUUGGAAGGGGUCAGAUGCAGAAGCCGUUCGAAGACGCCUCCUUCGCUCUGAGGGCCGGAGAGAUGAGCGGCCCCGUGUUCACAGAGUCAGGGAUCCACAUCAUCCUGCGCACGGAGUGAAGUGCCUUGUGCCGGGGGAGGGGGAGGGACGGGAAAGCGACAACCCAGAGCCGAGCCCAAACCUGCUCCAGCCCCCGCCCUCCCCCCCUCCCCUCCCCCGGAGCUCCGCGGCCAGGUUCCACCCCUUUGACUCGCUCUCAGCCCCCGGCGCCGUGUGGCCCCUCCGGAGCCUCGGCAGCUGCCCCGGGCUGCGUGAGGACGCGUCCCCCGGCGCUGAGCCGGGCUCGGGGUCACCCUGCAGCGCUUCCCCAGAGCUGAGCCGGGCUCGGGGUCACCCUGCAGCGCUUCCCCGGAGCUGAGCCGGGCUCGGGGUCACCCUGCAGCGCUUCCCCGGCGCUGAGCCGGGCUCGGGGUCACCCUGCAGCGCUUCCCCGGCGCUGAGCCGGGCUCGGGGUCACCCUGCAGCGCUUCCCCGGAGCUGAGCCGGGCUCGGGGUCACCCUGCAGCGCUUCCCCGGCGCUGAGCCGGGCUCGGGGUCACCCUGCAGCGCUUCCCCCACCCCCAGCCGCUAGAGUAUUUAUUGCCGGGGCCGGUUUGGGAACUGGUGCUAGGACGGGAUCCCCCCUCCCUGCCUCUCCCCCGAGGCCUCUGCAUGUUUGUUUCAGCCCCUCUGCAGGAGGAAGGAGCCUUUGGCUGGCACAGCCCUGGCUCUGCAGAGCCGCUGCCCGGCAGCCACCCAGAGCCCAGCCCUCGGCUCUGCCCGUCCCGCCCCGCCCCCGAGCCUCAGCCCUCCCUCGCUGCUCCCAGCUCUCGCACUCGCAGAUGCCGUUUGGUUCUGAGCACGGAGAGAGGGGAGAGGGGCUGGUGAAGCCCCAGAGCAGGCAGGAGCCGGCCUGAGCUGUGCCACGGGCCCGGCCUCGCUCCGCUGUGCUGCCCCGCAGGGCCGGGCUCUCAGUGGGGUGUGUGUGGGGGGAGGGAUCACUUU